UCUCCCAAGAAGGUGGGUGAUGACAUCGCCAAGGCCACGGGCGACUGGAAGGGGCUGAGGAUCACGGUGAAGCUCACCAUCCAGAACAGGCAAGCUCAGAUUGAGGUUGUUCCUUCUGCCUCUGCUCUGAUUAUCAAAGCUCUGAAGGAGCCUCCUCGUGACAGGAAGAAGCAGAAAAACAUUAAGCACAGUGGCAGCGUCAGCUUUGAUGAGAUAGUGAACAUCGCGCGGCAGAUGCGGCACAGAUCCCUGGCUCGGGAGCUCUCAGGGACCAUCAAGGAGAUUCUUGGAACUGCCCAGUCCGUGGGCUGCAGCAUUGAUGGCAGGCACCCACAUGAUAUCAUUGAUGACAUCAAUAAUGGUGCAAUUGAGUGCCCAGCUAGCUAAGACUGUAGAAAAGAAGUUGCUACACAAAGGCUCCUUCAGUUUUCUGUAGCACCUUAGACACUUAAUAAAA